CUUUUCUUCAGCAAGGUGAUCUCCUGGUGAGUUGUCGCACAAUGUGCAGAUUGGUGCUUUAGUCGCUCUUUUCGUUAUAUAGCCAUAGCUGUGGCCCGUUACAUUUAAUCUCUUUUUCCACUGUUCAAUUGGGGUCUGGUGCUCCUGGAUCAAUACUCGCUGCUGUGUCUUGCAGAAUGGCCCCCUUCCUGCUGCAAUGAUCUUCGUCUUGAUCCCUAUACUAGUUUCUUUCGCAGCAGUGUUAUAUAUCUAGCCCUGGAAGGCUCUCAUAAUGGAUUCGAAUGCGGGUAAUAUUGCCCUCAUCGAUAAUACCGCGCCGCGUCGUCAAUCCGAUACCCCUACCACAACCGCCGGCGGCCACGUCUCCCGAAAAUGGACUCGAGUGUCUAUUCGCAGCGAGCUCGCAAAGCGCAAAUACGCUAAAUGGCAACCAGAUCGACUGGGUGUCACGGACAAUGAUGACGAUGAUAAUGGUGACGGUGCAGAAGCGAGCAGACGUCCUUCAGACGGACGAGACCUCUCUGCAACCGAGACAGCCACUACCAAUACCCCAUCCAGAAGAAGCCCUAGCCAACAACCUACACCCCCAUCUCAAGAUGUCGGCGUCACGGACUUUGCGCUAGAACCUAGCCACACCGCAAGCGAACAGCCGAAGAAACUGAAAGGUCUCAAGCCCAACACAGAGCUGGACAUUCUCUACGAGAACCAACGCGGAUGGUUCUUCUUCGGCAUUCCCCUCUACUCGCACAGCUCUCUCCUUAACUUUGACCCCUCUGCCUGGACGACCGCCGACCUCCGCGACAGUCCCGUGGACAUCACGAACGCGCAGGUCCCGGACCCCAGCUGGGUCUGGGCCUGGCGGUCCUGGUACGUCGACAUGUCCGGGGACGUGGACGAUCAGGGCUGGCAGUACUCGUUCUCGUUUACGUCGUCGGCCUGGCAUGGGUCGCAUCCGUGGUUCCAUUCCUUCGUGCGCCGGCGCAGAUGGGUACGGGUACGGACGAAGCGGUUAGUGGAUCGACGGGGCCGGACGGGACUGGAGAUGGCGCAUCGGUUGAAUGAGGAUUAUUUUACGAUUCAUUCGGGGAAGAAUAAACGGCGGGCGGCGAGUGAGGCGGGCUUGACGACUGCGUCGGCGGGGUAUACGAAUGGGAGUUUGAGUCGGACGACGACGAAGGUCGGUGAGGAGGAAGAGACGCCGGUGGAAGAGAUUGCGGAUAUCCCGGCGUUGAUGCAUGCGUUGAGGGUUGCGAUUGUCGAUCGAGAAAAGAUGGAUGCGUUGGAUCGGUUUGUGGAGGAGGGUGGUGAGGAAUUGUUUUAUUUGGAUGAGCAGAUCCCCGAAAUCAUGUCCAUGUUCGUCUUCCAAGCCUCCCGAUGGCAAUUCUACACGCACCUAACCGACCUCAUCACCGACCUCUCCCACCAAACCUCAUCCCCAUCCCCAUCCUCCCCCUCACCCGCCGCCCUCCACCGCAAACUCACCCAUCUCCAAAAAGCCACCGACGCGGCCCACCGCCAUCUGACCGGCCCGGAAGUCCUCCGCACCGAGAACCGGGCCUCCAGAACAGACAUGUUGGAUUUAACCCCUGCCCCGAAAAAGGGUAGUUUAUUGGCGAGAUAUGCGGGCAAGUUCUCAUUUAAGCCUAUGGAUGAUGGGGGGGAGAUUAAGGGCAUUCCUGAAGGGGCGGAGGUGGGCAGGGAAGGGCAUAUUUAUCGACGUAGUUUAUCUACCGUCUUAGACACCGUCACGACUGCUCCUCCUCCGGUCAGUGAAGAACCGCCGCUCCUUUUUCUAUAUCCGCGUUGGGCGGUUCGUUCACGGAGACUUGCUUCCUCGGCGACGUAUACGACGUCUUGUUGUUCGUGUUCGACGGCGACGACAGCAGGGAAAAGGAGAGAUUCAUAUUGUGCUGCUGGGAGGAGGUUCAUUGAGAGGUCGAGAUCGGGACCAAGAUCGGUACCGAGGGUUGUCAAUUCGAUUGGGGGCGAGGCGAGACGAUGGGUUUCGCCGAGGCAAGUGGAUGCUUCGCUUGAAGGGGAGAAGGGAUUGGAUUUGAAAGACGAAAAUGGACGGCUUGACACCGCACAGGAAGGGAAUGAGGGCGUUGGACAGAGUCGAAAGGAUACGACACUUUACAGACAAAUUGAUACCGGAGCGCCAAUUGAUGCACAAAGUGCUAGACGCGUUUUCAACAUCUUCUCCGAUAUACAGACGCACCCUUUGCCACCUUUCUCGAGUCAGAAAAAUGCGGAAUCAGCGGCAGUGUCCGGUGAAGUCAUGAAGCGGCUAUCGCACCGGGAUCGACGCAAGUUGAGAUAUCGACUGUUCUUGACCAAGUCCCAGGUGCGCCAGGGGCGAAACGAACAAUGGAACAAGUUCACCAGGAUACGCGAGAUGCUCGAGGAUAUGCAGAAAAAUACGCAGGUGUGGGAAGGAAAGGGAACCGUGCAGAAGGAAAUACUGGUGCCGGAGGAGACGGUUGCCCUGCUAGCCGGCGUGACGGAUAUGGCUCUAAAGGAGAAUGUUUGGUGUGUGCCGAUUCAUAAUGGAUGUCGGGUUCAUGUGCGGCAUCCGCGUGAGAGUCAGGGUCGAUUCCGCAAGGUGAUCCUGUCUGGCUCCGAGCGCGUCGUUGAGGUGGUCAGCGGCAAGAUCGCGGAGGCGAGAAGGCUUCAAGAACUCAAAGACCCUCUGGUCGAUGUCCAGAUACCAAUUGUGCCAGUGAUCCCGUCCGUGGAGGCGAUGAAGCGCCAGAAUCUUCCAGUCCCGCUGGUUCGCGGUGUAUGGGACAUCCGAUCGGCAGUAACAAACCCUGCGCAGCUACACACGAUCUUGCCUGCGGGCGAGUCCUUGUCCGGGGUCCGGGAUUUCGCUCAACAUGUGGAGGAAUUAACCAGGGCGAAGCCGUCAUACAACCUGAAGAUUCCCUACUCCCACCAGAAGCAAGUGGCCAGGGCGCUUGUGCAACUGUUUCGAAAUGAAUCCUAUUCCAGCUUUAUCUCGACGGCGGCGUUGAAUCACGCGAUUUCCUAUCUGCUCGAUCAUGAGUUUUUGAAAUCGGCCCGUGCCAUCUUUCUCAAGUCCGAGCACCUUGCGACGGUGGACACCUUUAAUAUCCUGCUCAAGUCUGCGGCCAAGAGGCAGGACCUUCGCUUCUUCCGUCAUUUCUUGCUGGCCAUGUCUCGAUUGAGCAUCCGGCCGGACUCAUACACGUGGCUCGCCCUUCUCGACUGUCUUGUCACCACGAAGGCGAAGACGGAUCUCGUCGCUUAUAUGCUGCAGCAGGGGUACUUGGACAACACCGGUGCGAUGCGGAGCGCGCUACACCUGAUCCUGCCGAAUGCGUUCCGCGCGCACCUAGAAAGCGGCCAGAGCGUGGACUCGUUCAUUCGAAAGACGGCCGAGUCAUGCGGCGCCAGCUGUUUCGCUCCAUCCCUGGUGAGCCAGAUGUUUGGUGUCAUCGCUCGACUGAAAGACUUCGCGGCCAUGGACCGGUUAUUCAAGAUCUGCAAAGACCAGGACCUGACCUUCAACAGCGCCGCCAUCAGCCAGAUCAUGUCGCUUUUCCGAGCCGAUGUGCCCACCGCGCUCGGGUAUCUCUUUCGGUGCCUGGACGGCACGGAAACGAAGCUCGAACGGCUCGCGUGGGAGCGACUCUUCCUGGUCGCCUUCAAAGGCGAAUACUACAACAUUUGCCGUGUCCUAUGGCGGUACGCGUGCAUGUCCGGAAAUGUGACAUACAAGAUGAAGCGCGCAGUCGUCACCUCCUUGAUCCGAAAUGUCCCCCGCAAGCCGGAGAGCGAUAUCCACACGAUCUGGGAUAUGAGUGCCGGCAAGGUCAUUGUGGGCCUGGACUUGCAUCGCCCGGACGUGGCGCUCCAGACGAACGUGCUCAACAACUUACCCGAGGAGCACCGCACCGACCCGAUUGCGUACCUGUGCUCGGGCUUCAAGCCCGCCGGAGCAGAGCGAGAGCAGCAGAUCCGGGUGGCAUCGGCGUUAGCGCAGCACGACAUCGAGGUCGGGGCCUGGCAUCGUCCCAAAUUGCCCCUGUUGAUCAUGUUGGAGGCGGCUCUUGUCUUGGAUCAAGAGUGGAGGAAGGUGCCGCGACCGGUACACUGGCUGGUCCAUAAUGCCAUUCGCGUGCAGGUGAGAAAGUCGGCCUUUCCUUGUUGAUUGGACCGACCAUUAAAGAAUCCCUUGUUGCAUGACCCUGUUAUAUACCUGACAUCCCUGUACAUUAUUAUUCAUAUUAGACCCCAUGGCCUGCAUCACCCUCUGUAUACAAUAUAGACCUUGGGCCCCAAUAGAAUAUUAGAAUCCCAACUUCAUCCAUCGUCUCCAUCUAUACCCGAUCCCCCGCAAUGCAAUCAAAUAUGGAUAUCUCAUCAUAACAUAGCAUAGUCAUUAUAGUCAUUCAUAUCAACCCCUCCUUCCUCAACCC